UGGAAGCAAAAGAAUAGCUGAGCCAGAGCAAAUGCCAGUGUGAAACCUCUUUAAGACACCAGUGAGCUGCUUGGUUCUGACAUUCUGGACUGCAAAACCGUGCUGCUAGGAUCCUGGGGGUACAUGAAGCUUCUGUGAACCAAGUUUUCCAAGAAAGAGCAAUGGAGAUUGGAUGGAUGCACAAUCGGAGACAAAGGCAAGUCCUUGUUUUCUUUGUUUUGCUGAGCUUGUCUGGGGCGGGCGCCGAGUUGGGGCCCUAUUCCAUAGCGGAAGAAACCGAGAGAGGCUCUUUUGUGGCAAAUCUAGGAAAAGACCUGGGGUUGAGGUUGACAGAGAUGUCCAGCCGCGGGGCCAGGAUCAUUUCCCAGGAAAACAAACAGCAUUUGCAGCUCAAGGUUCAAACUGGGGAUUUGCUCAUAAAUGAGAAGCUAGAUCGAGAGGAGCUAUGCGGUCCCACUGAGCCUUGCUUACUACAUUUCCAAGUGUUAAUGGAAAACCCCUUAGAAAUAUUUCAGGCUGAACUGAGGGUGAUAGAUAUAAAUGACCAUUCUCCCGUGUUCACUGAAAAGGAAAUGAUUCUAAAAAUACCGGAAAAUACUCCUCUACGAACUGAGUUCCCUCUGUAUCAUGCUGUAGACAUGGACGUAGGAAGCAAUAAUGUCCAAAACUAUAAAAUCAGCCCAAAUUCCCAUUUCGGGGUUCUAACCAGAGAACGCAAUGAUGGCAGAAAAUAUCCUGAGCUAGUGUUGGAUAAAGAGCUGGAUCGGGAGGAGGAGCCUCAAUUAAGGUUAACCCUGACAGCGCUGGAUGGAGGUUCUCCACCGCGAUCUGGAACCGCCCUGGUCCUCAUUGAAGUGGUGGACAGCAACGAUAACGCUCCUGAGUUUGAGCAGCCCAUUUACAAAGUGCAGAUUCCAGAGAACAGCCCCCUUGACUCCCUGGUUGCCACCGUCUCCGCCAGGGAUUUAGACAGCGGAGCCAAUGGGAAAAUAUCAUACACAUUCUUUCAGCCUUCAGAGGAUACUAGUAAGACUUUGGAGGUAAAUCCUAUGACGGGAGAAAUUCGACUGAGAAAACAAUUAGAUUUUGAAACAACUAUGUCUUAUGAAGUGGACAUCAAGGCCGCAGAUGGGGGAGGUCUUUCAGGAAAGUGCACUCUUCUCCUGCAGGUGGUGGACGUGAAUGACAAUCCUCCACAGGUGACCAUGUCUGCACUCACCAGCCCCAUCCCAGAGAACUCGCCUGAGAUUGUAGUUGCUGUUUUCAGCGUUUCAGAUCCUGACUCCGGGAACAAUGGGAAGACGAUUUCCUCCAUCCAGGAAGACCUUCCCUUUCUUCUAAAACCCUCAGUCAAGAACUUUUACACCUUGGUGACAGAGAGAGCACUCGACAGAGAAGCAAAAGCUGAAUAUAAUAUCACCCUGACCGUCACAGAUAUGGGGACUCCGAGGCUGCAAACGGAGUACAACUUAACAGUGCAGAUAUCGGAUGUCAACGACAACGCCCCCGCCUUCACACAAACCUCCUACACCCUGUUCGUCCGCGAGAACAACAGCCCCGCCCUGCACAUCGGCAGCGUCAGCGCCACAGACAGAGACUCCGGCAGCAACGCCCAGGUCACCUACUCGCUGCUGCCGCCCCAGGACCCGCACCUGCCCCUCGCCUCCCUGGUCUCCAUCAACGCGGACAACGGACACCUGUUCGCCCUCCGGGCGCUGGACUACGAGGCCCUGCAGGCGUUCGAGUUCCGCGUGGGCGCCACAGACCGCGGCUCCCGGGCGCUGAGCAGUGAGGCGCUGGUGCGCGUGCUGGUGCUGGACGCCAACGACAACUCGCCCUUCGUGCUGUACCCGCUGCAGAACGGCUCCGCGCCCUGCACCGAGCUGGUGCCCCGGGCGGCCGAGCCAGGCUACCUGGUGAGCAAGGUGGUGGCGGUGGACGGCGACUCGGGCCAGAACGCCUGGCUGUCGUUCCAGCUGCUCAAGGCCACGGAGCCCGGGCUGUUCGGCGUGUGGGCGCACAAUGGCGAGGUGCGCACCGCCAGGCUGCUGAGCGAGCGCGACGCGGCCAAGCACAGGCUGGUGGUGCUGGUCAAGGACAAUGGCGAGCCCCCGCGCUCGGCCACCGCCACGCUGCACGUGCUCCUGGUGGACGGCUUCUCCCAGCCCUACCUGCCGCUCCCGGAGGCGGCCCCGGCCCAGGCCCAGGCCGACUCGCUCACCGUCUACCUGGUGGUGGCGUUGGCCUCGGUGUCGUCGCUCUUCCUGUUCUCGGUGCUCCUGUUCGUGGCGGUGCGGCUGUGCAGGAGGAGCCGGGCGGCGUCGGUGGGUCGCUGCUCGAUGCCCGAGGGCCCCUUUCCAGGGCAUCUGGUGGACGUGAGCGGCACCGGGACCCUGUCCCAGAGCUACCAGUACGAGGUGUGUCUGGCGGGGGCUUCUGGGACCAAUGAGUUCAAGUUUCUGAAGCCAAUAUUACCCAAUAUUCGAGGCCCUUCCCCUGUGCCAGAAAUGGAAGAAAACUCCAACUUUAGGAAUGACUUUGGUUUCAGCAUUCAACUAAAAUAAUCAUUUUCAUGGUGUAUAUUUUAAUGUUUAUGAUAAAUCUAGAGUAUGAUGUUUCUGUCAACCUUGUGUAAAUUAUAAUUUAUACUAAACUUUCCUGUGGGACUUCUCAUGGUGUCCCUGUUUUAAAUAUGGUAUCUCAUCUUUUCUUCAUAGUUUACCAAUUUGAAUAGUUCUAAAGCUUGCCAAUCAAAACACUGAUGAGGUCAAUGGUUGUACAGAUACUAGUUCUGGAAUAGCCUGGGAGUAUAGAAGCAGGGAAAACAUAAGAAAUU